AUGAAAAUGCAAGAUUUACAAGUUGAUAAAAGAAACUCAAAUAAUUCAUUUUCGAGUAAAAGAACAUCCCUUCGCAUAUCUACAGCUACGAUAAAUUCAGAUACAGCCAUACCGCCACCGGUACAUUUUACGACAACAAUAAAUGAUCCUCCUAUGCCAGUACGUCGUAAUUCAUCUCGUUCCAAAUAUUAUCAGAGAAGCAUAAAAAAUUUAAAUUAUCCUUUUGAAACAAAAUCUAUUAAUUUAGAUGAAAAUUAUUCUUUACUUGAUAAUUUAAGUCUUUAUGAUAAAAUAUUUAAUGCUGACUCAUUUAAUAAUGUAGAUGUAAAUGGAAAUAACCAAAAAGAAAAGGAAAAAGAAAAAGAAAAAGAAAAUAAAAAUAUAGCAGGAAAUAUGGAAGAAUUAAAACAUUUAAAUCCUUUAUUAAAUCCUUAUGAUACAUCUUGGGUUCCUGAACCAUAUUCUUCGAGUCCAAUUUUAUCAAAAUUUUCUUUAUUAGAUUCAAAUAAAAGUAAUUUAUCUUCAAACCUAGAUAAUAAUAAUAAUAAUACUAAUAAUAGGAAAAAAGUUAGAUUUAUUACUCAUUCAUCAAAUUUAUCACAAAUUGACGAAUCUCAAGUUGAUGAAUCUCAAGAAUCUCAAAUUGAUGAAUCUCAACUACAAUACGCUUCAUCAUCUGGUUCUGAAGAUAAUAAUUACGUAAAUAAUGAUUUAAAUGCAAGCGAAAAGGGUGAAGAAUAUAAAUCUAAUAAAUUAAAUUCUUGGAAAAAAUUAUGGGAGAUGCCUUGGAGAGAUAUUGAAACAAAAAAAUUCACGAAAAAGUUUUGGUUAACGUUUUUACUUAUUAUUUUUUUAAUCUUAAUAGCAGUAAUUAUUGGAAUUUGUCUUCGUAGUAAAUCUAUUCAUCAAAUGUUACCGAAUAAUGCCAAACAAAAAUAAUUUAAUUCUUAAAAGCCUUUUUAAUUCUGGUAAUUAGGUUUCUUUUAUCGCACAAAGUAGCCGUGGGUAUUAAUUAGUAUUAUACAAUUACAGUAAGUUAUAAUUUUUAUAUUGUGCGCGGAAUAUUUUAGUAUUUUUUAAUUCAGAUAACUAAAUUUUGUAUUUUAAUAAUAAAAUACUCAAAAUGUAAUAUAUAUUUAACACAAAAAAAUAA